ACAAGAAGAGGUAAGCAUGCAAUACCACUUAUACAAGUAUGUCAACAUUCCUCCUCUUCAACUUUAAUCAUGUUCUAGACGGCUUACCAGCUGAACAACUCCGAGCUGCCGACCUCACAAGGAAACAAGCGACUGCCUUCUCUGCUUUCCCCGAAGUUGUCCUGUGAAGUGUCGCCCAGUCCAAUGAGGCAACUGUCCAUCACCUACCUCUCCCCCGGGCCCAUUGGUGAGUUGCUGCCUGUUCUAAGUCCAGCGAGUGGGUGAAAGAUUGCAGCCAAACAAGACGACAUGAAAGCAUUUCAACCGAUGUGUAGAUUUACCGUGCACAUGGAACUGGGAGGACACUGCUGCUUUCUUUCAAUGCAAUCUCUACGCUUUGCAGUUGACAGCAUGUACCUGUUCACCAGGUCUUUGUUCAGUUUCACCACACCUCUUAUGAUGCAAUGCUUCAUAUCCCGCAUCGUUGCUUAUGAUUAGUUUAAUGUUGCGAGCAAUGGUCCCGUCUAAGACGUUCACGAUUUAUCUGCUCCUCUUGUUACUCUGCCGGGCAUCGACGGUGUCCCUGAACAAAUGCCGGUUGACGAACAUCACCAUCUCCGUGGAGAGGGAGGAGUGCGGAUUCUGUGGGACAAUAAAUGUCACCUGGUGUUCCGGUUACUGUUUUACUAAGGACCCAGUCUGCAAGCACACUUUGGCGUUUGUGUACCAAGAGAUUUGCAGUUACAAGGAGAUUGUCUAUGAAACGAUGACCAUUCCCAACUGCCCUGCCAACGUUAACCCUUAUUAUACCUACCCUGUUGCAACGAGCUGCCAGUGUGGUAUGUGUAAUACGGAUACCACUGACUGCACUGUCUCAGCGAUGGGACCUGUUCACUGCUCGCUGGAACAGCCAAGGAGAAAUGAUACGAGCAACUGGCAAAUCACUUCCAACCCAUCAAGCAGGACCAACGUCAAGGAUAUUUAACGCACUGACCUUAAACCCAUACUCUGCCCCGGGGAAAUAAAAAACUAUUGUCCAUUUGGGCAGUGGUAUGAUGAUUGAUUUCCCCCACUUCGAGUAACCGCGGCAUUCCUUCCCUCUCUCUCUCUCCAUCCCUCCCCCACACAAGUAGCACCAGCUUCUUGUUCUCACCUAGCAAACAGCUAACUACCGACUGUUCACUUUCUCUUCAAUAGUUUUACGGCGUAUUCUUCAUUCAUUUGUUCCAUUUCUCUCAACAUCAGUAUCUAUGUCUCUCGUUUCCCUCUCCCCCCUGGCUCAAUAGACAACAGGUGCAGGAGUAGGCCACUCAGCCCUUCGAGCCAGCACCCCUAUUCAAUAUGAUCAUGGCUGAUCAUCCAGAAUCAGUACCCCGUUCCUGCCUUCUCCCCAUAUCCCUUGAUUCCGUUAGCACUAAGAGGUAAAUCUAACUCUCUUAAAGAGGAAAUACCCAGAGUAUUCUUAUAAAGGAAAUAUAAUGAAAGGAAUAGAUUGGGUGUGGUCUCACUAGGGCUCUGCACAACUACAGAAGGAUAUCUUUGCUCCUAUACUCAACUCAUUGCCGCACCAGCUUCUGGUUAUCACCCAACAAACAGCUAACAACGGCCCGUUCCCUGUCUCAUCGUUAAUUCUUUUGCAUAUCUUUCAUUCAUUUGUUCCAUAUCUCUCCGUCUAUGUCGCCGUCUAUAUCCGUCCUUUCCCUCUCCCCCGACUCUCGACCAGGAACCGCACCCCGUUUCAUCUCCAGCAUCCCGUGUCGUUGUCCACUCCCCGUUGAGGCCUGGGUUGACAUCACUAGUUUGAUAUGUUACAUAACUGUUAAAUUAUGUUGACAUUUUAAGUUAUAUUAUUUGGACUGUGUGUGAGUGACGUGUUUUCCAGUGUUUAUGUAAUAUUUAAGUAUUUUAAUUUAAGAGAUAUGUAAAAGAUGGCUUGUUGUAAAGCAACAUGUUAAACGGUCACCAUUUAAGAACUCGACUAUUGUGAAUUCUGGCUCUCCACAGCCAGAACCAUUCCAUGCAUCUUAUGUUCACCUACCAAUAAAGUCACUAUUUUCAC